GACUCAAUUGACUCUAUAUUGAAUAUGCUCAGACGUUUUUUGACCUUCAUCCCAGUGAUUUUGCUACUUGGGUCUUCUCUUUUAUUAUUUUUGGUUAAUUUAGCUGGAACCCGGGAUUCUGGGGUUCUUAGUAGAUACUAUUGGUCUGAAACCAAUACGUCUGGUAUAUCCGGGUCUGACUUUAGCAGAACCAGAUGGACUCCAUAUGGGAUUUGUGGUGUUAAAGAUGGCCGUAAUUCUGAUUGCGUAAAGCAUUCUCCGGCUUAUCCAUACUCUCCAAGAGAUAAUUUUAAAUCAAGUUCGGGUUUACCAAGUAGUUUUAAUAAAAGUAGAGAUACUUAUUACUACUUGUCUCGUUUUGCUUAUGCUUUAUUUUUGGUUGGUUUGGUAUUUUCGCUCUUGUCACUUCUUCCAAUCAUUGCCUCGUGCUGUGGUAUUGGUUUCUUGACUGGUAUGGCCAGUUUUGUGGUUGUUGGUUUGGCAUUGUUAUUUACUUUGACUGCAACUUGUCUCAUUACUGCUGCUCACGUCAAGGGUAGAAAUGCUUUUAACAGUGCCGGACACCAUUCUUCUUUGGGAGUUAAAAUGUUUGCAAUGGCUUGGGCUGCUUCGGCCUGUCUUUUACUUGCAUUUGCUUGGACCAUUAUGAUGACUGUUUUGGGUAUCAAGCGUAAACUUGGUAAUAGAAAUGAAAAGAGUGAUUCUGAAGCUGAUCAUAAAUCAGAAACGUCGUCUUCUUCUUAUCAUUACAAUGGUACUGUUGCCCAGAAUCCCUAUGAACGUCAAACUGGAUACCAAAAUAAUGAUGGUUAUGUUGCAAAUGCAAAUGAUGAAUCUAGUUUCCAACAUGAGGGUCAAGAAGAACAACCAAGAUUCAAAUUUUUCCAUUUUAAAAAGGCUAAUCCUGACAAGGAGUAGACUUGUGUGAUGAGAUCUUCUUUAAUUCUUUU